AAGAAUCAUUCCAAAGGCACUCUGAAUGGAAUGAACUGAAUGGCAAACAGCACCACAGUGAGAGAGUUCAUCUUGUUAGGGCUGACCAACAACCAUCAACUUACCGUUGGACUUUUCCUCAUCCUGCUUGGGAUUUACCUUUUAACAUUGAUAGGAAACAUGUUGAUUAUUAUGAUCACACUGGCGAAUGCCCAACUGUAUACCCCGAUGUAUUUUUUCCUCCGAUAUGUGGCAUGGGUAGAGAUUGGGUAUGUGAGUACCAUCGUUCCUAAAACACUGGCCAACAUGGCCACCGGCAACAAAAGCAUCUCUUUAGCUGGUUGCUUCACACAGAUGUUCUUCUACUUUUUUUUUGGGACCACUGAGUUCCUUCUAUUGGCCACAAUGUCUGUUGAUCGAUACAUAGCCAUCUGUAACCCUCUUCACUAUCCAACCAUCAUGAAUGAACAGAUCUGCUCCUUAUUGGUACUUUGUUGUUGCGCUGGGAGUUUGUCACUAAUUCUAGUUCCAAGCAUUCUUUUCCUUCAAAUACCAUUUUGUGGUCCUAAUAUCGUCAAUCAUUUCUUUUGUGACAAUGGAUUUCUAAUCAAACUAUCAUGUGUUGACACUGGCCUCUUAGAACUUGUUAAUUUUCUGAUUUCCACAUUAGCUUUGUUUGGGACUUUAAUUAUCAGCAUUGUGUCUUACAUCAAAAUAAUUUGUACAAUUCUGAGAAUCCCAUCAACUACAGGGAGGAAGAAGACUUUCUCCACUUGUGCCUCACACAUGAGUGUGGUCUCCAUCACAUACGGCAGUUGUAUUUUCAUAUACAUAAGACCCGAAGGCAGCAGCCAAUUAGAAUUCAACAAAAUAAUGGCUCUUUUGAAUACUGUCAUGGCUCCACUUUUGAUCCCAUUCAUAUAUUGUUUGAGGAACAAACAAGUACAGGAUGCUUUGGGGACUGAACUGAGACGAUGGGUUGUGUUUUGCAAGAAAUUGAGAUGAUUUGUCAUUGAUGUGACCUUGAAGUAGAUAUUUUAUACAUUUAAGUUCUACUUUGUUAAACUGUGGCAUGUGCUGUUUUCAGAUGUAAUGAACGCACACUGAGAUGGUUUUACAAGGGGACCUGAGAAUACAUAAGGUUAUGGUAAUCAGAAACCAAGAGUGGUGCGAUGGCCUAGAGGUGGAGCUCUCACCUCACGAUCAGAAGGCUGUGAGUUUGAUCCUAGGUAGAGACAGCUAUUUCUUUCUCUGGGCACAAUGAGAAUAUAUCUGCUGAAUAUAACUCUGAAUUGGCGACAAGCAGGGCAUCCGGCCACUAAUCCCUCAGCUCCAUUCAGUUUACCAGACUCCAUCCCACAAGGGAUUAUGGGGUCAUUAAAAGGUGAUGAUGAUAAUGAUGAUGAUGGCAAUCAGGAACCAAAACAUCUGAUAAUCCCCAACAAAAUAAACCACAAUACAUGAGAAAUACACACACAAUGUUUUAGUCUGGCUUUGGAUUUGACAUUGACAGAGAAUGCAUGAUAAAUAUUUCUUGCAAUUCACAAUAGGCUUCUUUGCUCUUUGAGACGUCCCUGUGGGAUCUUCACAGUUAGUCUUGAAUACAGUACUGCCUGGCAAAAAUAAACUAGGGAAUAAAAGU